CACUUCUUCGUCUAUGCGAAGCAUUCGGUCUGCCCUGGCACGAGAAAAUGACAAAUCGAGACAAUAACUAACAAUUGGGCGAUGGGGUAUUCUUUCCUCCUUUUUUCCAAAAAUGGAGCCAGCCAGUCACAAGGGACCUUGCCAAAUAUUAUAAAACCAUCUUGUCAUCACUCCUCGCUGUCUUUAACUACUGAAGAAUUCGAAGAGUGGGAGUACUCGCAUACAUAUUUUUCACAGGUCUAAUCAAAGGUCUCAAGAGAUGUACAGCACAGAAUAUGGAGAUGGCAAAGAUUCCUACGGUUGUUAUAGGAGAUCUCUAAGUUGGGAACCAUCUAGCUACUUGGUAACAUGGACUUCUGAAAUGGAAUGUUGUGAUACGCCUCCACCUUCACUCUGCCCUCCUGUGCAGAGGUAUUGCCCCCAAAAGCCAAAAUAUUGUCCUCCAGCUCCAAAGGGCUGCCCAGCCCAACAGAAAUAUUAUCCUCCGGUCCAAGACUACUGUCCCCCUGUCCAACGGUAUUGUCCAUCAGUACAGAAGUACCGUCCACCUGUCAAAUACUGUUCUCCUCCUGGACGGAAGAGUCAUCCGCCUGCCCAGUGGUGUCCUCCUCCAGUGCAGAAGUGCCGUUCAGUUAUCCAAUCAUGUUCUCGUCCUCCAGGACAGAAGUAUUGUCGGCCUGUCCAGAGGUGCUAUCCACCUCAACAAAAAUAUUGUCCACCAGCCCAACCGUGCUAUCUACCUCAACAGAAAUAUUGUCCACCAGCCCAAUCAUGCUAUCCACCUCAGCAAAAAUAUUGUCCACCAGCCCAACCAUGCUAUCCACCUCAACAGAAAUAUUGUCCACCAGCCCCACCGUGCUAUCCACCUCAACAAAAAUAUUGUCCACCAGCCCAAUCAUGCUGUCCACCUCAACAAAAAUAUUGUCCACCAGCCCAAUCGUGCUAUCCACCUCAACAAAAAUAUUGUCCACCAGCCCCACCGUGCUAUCCACCUCAACAAAAAUAUUGUCCACCAGCCCAAUCAUGCUGUCCACCAGCUCAACCAUGCUAUCCACCUCAACAAAACGAUUGUCCACCAGCCCAAUCAUGCUGUCCACCAGCCCAACUGUGCUAUCCACCUCAACAAGAAUAUUGUCCACCAGCCCAAUCGUGCUGUUCACCACAACCUGAGAUCUAUCAGAUCAAACAAGCUUCCAAAGCGCCUCCCCAUCUUCUGAAGAAGUAGCUGAUGAGUUGUGCUGAAUAUGAACAUCACAAUCUAGCUCAAAAUGUUGUCUUGCUAUUUAUUUACUAGCUGAUAUGCUUGUAAUUACUUACCCUGGACAUUUUGACUAUUUAUCAAAUUUAUAUGUUAAAAAUAUGUAUGUAACACAAUAAAACUUAUUAAAGCAUU